UGAGUACCAGACCAGGACCCGGUUCUAUAUACAAAUGUUCUGACCCAUACCCUAACCCUAAUAGGAGAACCGCAACUUUGCAACCCCUCUUUCACUGUUUUCUUUUCUCUCCAGAAAUUUCUGCAAAUGGAGUAUAUAAAAUUUCUCUUCAUCAAGGUGAAGGAAUUAAGUUCCAACUUCAACAACUAUAAUGUUGGAUCUCAUGUUAAGAAAUAUCUAAACAAAGAUAUUAUGCUAGAGAAGGAUUUGGUAAAACAAGGAUUUGAUCCUAUCACGGCAAAUGUUCUUGCAGAGAAGAUCAAUGCUAUAAAGGCCUUAAAGGUGGUCAGGACGGGCGAUGUUCAUAUUAUGACCUUAUGGUCACGAUACAAGAUGCAAGAAGACAAUUCAGUCGAGCAGGCCGAGCUUCGAGAAUAUAUAAUGAAGACUGUGCUGCAUAGGCAAUAUCUAGAUGAGGCUGUAGAAGCAGUCAGAGUCUCUCUUUUCGGUCCAACAAAGUUCUUUGACAGAAGAGCUGCUGAUCGGGAAGGCGUAGAAGAAACGGGCUUUGACAGGAGAAGAGUUGUCGCUAAACAGGAAUGCAUAAAGAAAAUGGUUCGUCUUUUCGAGGCACAAUGUGGUUAUCCAUUGGUACAAAACAGCAAUCUCUUGGGAUUAUUUUCAUCCAUUUGCGAAGCGGGCUUCUCAAGAGUUGAUGUGAUAAAAGCUUUUAUGGCUGCUUGCAAGGGGCGUAAACAUGAUGCGUGGCAUAAGCUGGAUGAGGAGUAUUAUAACCUGGGAAAUAGUGCUUGAUGAUGACUCUUGGUGACCUUGUUUUGGCUACAGAAUCAGUAAAAAUAAGUUAUGCUUGUAAGAUGAAAUAAGUUAUGUUAUGGCUCACUGGUCUUCUAAGUACAAUAGUAUUUGAUGUUAAUGAUAUAAUAAUUAAAUAAGUUAUUUGCAAUUUUA